AUGGCGGAACCAGAGUUUCCAGUACAAGCAGAUGGGUUUCUUCAGGGCUGGGAGCUGAGCGAGGUUCAACAGCUGUUAUGGGGUGCAGCAAUAGGCGCAUCCAUUACGGUGGUGGUAGUCAUCUACCUCGUCUACAGAAUGAUGGAUUACCUUUACCGAGAACCUAUAAUCAAAUACACAAUUGAUCUCCCAAAGAUUUCGGAGGACUCAAAAUUUCUGGAGAAGGCAAAUAUCAAAACAUCUGGAACCACGGCUAUUCAGUGCUAUGCGCCUGCUACUGGAGAGUUUCUCGGUUUUGUGAACCCUGCAACGCCUGAGGGUAUCGACCGAGCGAUUGAAAAGUCGCAGAUCGCGCAGAAGAAAUGGGAGCGCACGACAUUCAUGCAGAGGAGACAAGUUCUGAGGUGUAUACAGGCUUUCAUAAUGGACAACCAGGAAGAGAUCUGCAAAGUCGCGUGUAGGGACUCUGGCAAAACUUUGAUCGAUGCUACACUGGGGGAAAUUUUGACAACAGUCGAGAAACUGCGAUGGACCAUUCUUCAUGGAGAAAAGGCUCUCAGCCCUUCGAGAAGACCCACAAAUCUUCUGAUGGCGCACAAGAAAAAUACUGUCAAAUACGAGCCUUUAGGCGUUGUGGCGGCAUUGGUAUCCUGGAACUACCCGGCUCAUAAUCUCAUGGGUCCUAUGAUUUCGGCCAUAUUUUCUGGAAACGGUAUUAUCGUCAAGGCCUCGGAGCUCACAGCCUGGAGUGCUAGUUAUUUCACCUUGAUUGUAAAAGGCGCCCUCCACGUUUGCGGACAUGAUCCCAAUCUUGUUCAGACUGUCAUAACAUGGCCUCAGACUGCGAACCACCUAACCUCGCAUCCUUCUAUCUCGCAUGUAACAUUCAUUGGAAGUCGACCGGUGGCGAAGCUCGUUGCUGCGGCCGCUGCAAAAUCUUUGACACCUGUGGUCGCGGAGUUGGGCGGGAAAGAUGCGGCCAUCAUCCUUGACUCGGCGGCAAAAGACCUCAAGCGCAUUAUUGAAAUCCUGUUACGGGGUACAUUCCAAGCUGCGGGACAGAAUUGCAUUGGUAUUGAGAGAAUUAUUGCUUGCCCGAAAGUAUACGACAAACUUGUUCUAGUUCUGGAGCCAAGAAUACGAGGGCUUCGUGUUGGGUCUAUUCUCGAUGCAGAAAAGGGGGAGGAGAUUGAUGUUGGCGCGAUGAUUUCUGAUGCAUCUUUCGACCGUCUUGAGAGUUUAAUUCAAUCAGCCGUCAAAGAUGGAGCACGUUUACUCGUCGGUGGAAAGCGGUAUAAGCAUCCCGUUCAUCGUUACGGAUUUUAUUUUCAGCCAACCCUCCUCGCCGACGUCACCAAAGAUAUGGAAAUUGCAAAGGAAGAAUGCUUUGGGCCAAUCUGUAUACUCAUGCGUGCUUCGAAAGCGGAGGAGGCAUGCGAGAUAGCAAACGCCCCGCAUUUUGGUCUCGGUGCGUCUGUCUUUGGCGAAUACAGCUUUGAGAUUCCUGCACUUUUGCGAAAUCUCAAGACGGGAAUGGUAGCUGUCAAUGAUUUUGGAGCAUUCUAUGCCGUACAAUUGCCCUUUGGUGGUACUGGUGGCAGCGGUUAUGGCAGGUUUGCCGGCGAAGAGGGCUUGAGAGGUUUAUGUAAUAUCAAGGCUAUCUGUGAAGAUAGAUUGAGCUGGGCUGGCAUCAAAACUGCAAUCCCGGCUCAGAUCCAGUACCCAAUACCGGAUACUUCAAAGGGGUUUCGCUUCAUGCAAGCGGUAAUGGAGCUUGGUUAUGGCAUGGGCGUCAUCGGCCGUUUUCAGGGUCUCAAGAACAUCCUCAAAAAUCUGUGA